AUUUUUUUUUUAAAUUUCGACGUAUAAUAGUAGAAGGUGUUGAUUAGGACAACGUAAACUUUGCAGCUCAAUGGCAUAUCUAUAUACCGCCACGUGAUUUAGAUUGUUUCCAUUUACGUUGCUCGAAUUCCCCCCUUGUCCUUUCUACCCCAUGGUACAGCCCAUGUCGUAGUCGGAAGAAGGUUGAAAACAUCCCGAAGGCGCGCACCCUUUGAUUCAACAUUAAGGUGUACAGUUGAAGCUCUGAUCUGAAGCCACUCGUACCAGGACACACAGAAUGCAGGAGGACUCUAGCCGCAGUCCCACUCACACAGUGGCAUGCGAAGACUACGUUCAUGUGGUGGAGUUCAGUCCUUUCAGCUCUGGAACCCCUGCCUCUCUCCUGGCCUAUGGUGGAAACCAGUAUGUGGUAGUGGGCACCUGCCUCUUCCAGGAAGAGGAUAUGGAGAUUGAGGGAGUUGAAUUCAAUGUCCUUCGAGCUUUUCAUCAUGAAUUACGUGUCAAUGCUCUUGCCUGGAGCCCUGAGUCCCGGCUGGACAGGAUACCCACUAUCAGAUUUUGCACUGCUGCAGCUGACAGAAAGCUACGCCUGCUGACUUCUGAUCUUCAGGAUAGGCAUGAAGUCAAGGUGAUGGAGGGCCACACUAGCUACAUUAACCAUUUGGUGUUCGAGCCCACAGAGGGGAAACAAAUUGCUUCCGUCAGUGAUGACCACACUUGCAGGGUGUGGGACCUGGAUGGCAACGAAAGCACUACUCUCAGACUUCGCUCUCCUGGAAUUAGUGUGUGCUGGCACCCAGAAGAAGUCUUUAAGUUAAUGGUGGCAGAGAAGAAGGGGACAAUUCGCUUCUAUGACCUGGUCACCCAGCAGGCCAUUCUGUCACUGGACUGCGGCCAGUCACCACUCAUGUCGGCUGACUGGUGCCUCACCAACACCAUCAAAGUCGGGGCUGUGGCAGGCAACGACUGGGUCAUCUGGGACAUAACUCGUUCCAGUUACCCACAAGAAAAAAGACCAGCCCACAUAGAUAAAGCAAGAUUAUUCAAGUGGUCUCGAGCCAACGAAAACCUCUUUGCCACCACUGGAUGUCCAGGAAAAAUCAGUAGUCAGUUACUCAUCCACCAUCUUGGCCACCCACAGCCAGUGAUUAUCGGAUCAGCAACAGUAGGAUCAGGUCUCAGCUGGCACCGGACACUUCCGCUCUGUGUGAUUGGUGGCGACAGGAAACUUUGCUUUUGGAUGACUGAGAUGUAGACAUCUGUACAGAGACUUUCCAUUUUGGAUAACUAGGUCCUCUGUUUCUAUUCUAGUAAAUGCUCAAUAAAAUAUUUUUCUGAGUAUC